UCGCAGUCAGUCGUGUCUUUGCGCUCAAUAAAAGCGCACGUCAAAGCAAUGAAUGCACAUAACAUUUACCAGUGAGAUUACAUUGUAUCGAAGUGUAGUGAAGUGCUUACGGUGAACCAUAAAUGUAAACAGUGCCAUAAAAACCCAGAUUGGAUUUAUUCAUUGUUGGUGGUGUAAGAGUGGUGUCGAGAUGCGACAUGCGCGCUCUGUGUUCGGUUCGAGGGCCGCUAGCUCUGGGCGGGGAGGGUCGUGCUCUCCCUCCCGGCGCUCGCCUGCUCUCUCUUCGCAUGCCGGGUCGCAGGCACCCCGUGCACUUCGUCGUCGAAGCCAAGACCAGGGUCAAGGAGCUCAAGUUGCUCGCCAAUGCGCAGGCGCAGUUAGAAGGCACCACCGACGUGGAGCUCUUUGGAUUGGCUAUCAUGCAAAAUGGAGAAUACCUAUUCGUUGACCCAGAAAGUAAAUUAUCUAAAUACGCACCAAAGAGUUGGAGAUCAUCGCACACGCACGGCCUAGACGCCAACGGGAAACCAUUACUCGAACUUCACCUAGUCCUUCAGUUUCAUGUGGAAAGUCCCUUACUCCUACAAGACGAAGUUGGACGACAUUUAUAUUUUUUGCAAUUGCUGCAAAACAUACGCUCCAGGGACGCGUUACCUGUGGAAAUACUUCUUUUACUAAUUGGAUUAGCUUUACAGGCUGAAUACGGUGACGAAGAGUAUUAUGAAGAUAAAGAAUAUUUUAAAAUAGAAGACUAUGCACCUGCAUCCUUAACUGGUGAUUGGGUCAAUGCUGCCGUGCGUGCCUGCCACAGAGAACAUAGAGGAUUGUCUAAAAAUGAUGCACAAAUUAGAUUUAUUCGUGAAGUAUGCCUUCUUCCCGACACAAUAAAUUCCCACAGAUACAGAUUAAAGCAAUCGAAAUCAGAAGUAGAACCCGGGACUGUUUGGCUUCUUGUAACAGCAAAAGGAAUCAAAAUAUUACCCGAUAAUGGAUCUUCAUCUGAUUUUGUUUGGAGUUCCAUAGGCAAACUAAGUUUCGAUCGAAAGAAAUUCGAGAUAAGAACAGAAGAAGGCAAAAUAACAUUAUAUUCAUCAAGUGAAGACAAAUGUAAAUAUCUAUUUGCUUUAUGUAAAGAAACACAUCAAUUUUCUAUGAAAAUGACCCCAAAAUUAAAUGAAGUCUUGCGAAACGAGGAAGAUGCAAGAAAAAAUUGUUUUGCAUAUUCUAAAUCUUUUAACUCAAAAUAUAGUAAAAAUAAAAACGAACAGAGAAUCUCACUAAUAUCUUCUACAAGUUCUAACACUACUUCAGGAAUUGUUAGCGACCGGGUACAAUCUGAAGAUGAAUUGGAAAUUAUGAUCGAUUCACCUCCAGCCCCUUCAACAGAGAGUUUGGCAUUUGCGCAUUUAUUAGAUUCCUCUAAUUCAUAUUUGAUAAGAAAUAAUGAAAGAGAUAAUCGUCAUUUCAAUAAAACUUCAUCACUACAAUUACCUAGGCUAAAAGGACGAGUAAAGAAUGAACACGAUGAAAAACAUGAUACCUCCUUGGAAAGCACAUUUGAUUCUUCGUGUAAAUUAGAAGAAACUGUUUCUUUGCCUGACCAAAAUGCAAAUGAAAGUUUAAGUGAUAGUCCCACAUCGAGUAAAAUGAAAUGUACGGGUUCACAAUGCUCAUCCUCUUGCAGUACUGUUAUAAUGGCUCGCGCUGGUCUAAGUACACUGAGUAGAGCAUCUAAUGGAAGUAGCUUAGAACUAAGUUACAGUCACACAGCUCAAAACUCAAUAUUAAGCGACAACAGUGGUCUAGGUGGUGAUGUUGAAUUUACUCAAGAUACAGCUUCAGCACUUUAUGAUGGAAUAGGUCAACCAGUUACAGUGGCUGCGUCUAGCGAAACAAGUGGAGUAUACACCAUGGGCAGCUCUGAACUGACUGGACAUUCAAAGGACAAUUUUUCCGAAGUUAGCCGAACAGAUUAUAAUGAAUUGCAUUAUGGGGGAUACAAUUUAGCCAAAGAUAAUGACCUAGCUGACUUCGACAGUGUUUCUUCAAUCCUCAAAAAUAAUUCUAAUAGAGAUAAUCAUAAUAAUAAGACAAGAAGAAAGCCAGAUUUAUGUUCUAAUUCAGAUUGUGUGGACGGUAAAAGUAAAUUUUGCGAUCAGAACUCUACGGAAAAAAGUUCUAAUUUUAGAGAACGUACCAAUUCUAACGCCAGUGUAGCUUCUUUUCAUGGCGACGGAAGCGAUCCUACUGACAAUAAGCACGAUUUACUUAGUGCUAGUGAACUUACCGAUUUAAUUGUAGGACGUGGUAGUUAUCCAAUAAAUCAAUCUGUUAGUGACACUUUUGAUUCUGUUUCGGAUUACGUGAGAUUGCCAAUGCCGUAUAGACGCGAUAGUUGCCUUCAAGGUGAGGAGUCAGGUGAAAAUUACCUCAAUAAUUCUUUCUUUGACAGACCACCCACACCACCUACCCGGCUAGAUAGCAGAAAAGGCCUUCAUUUAUCUUUGCCAAAUAUAUUGGAUUUAGAUGAAAAUUUGUUGCCAAGAUAUCCAAACAAGCCUCCGCCUCCUUACGAGUUCAAGCAUAAAACCUUGACCUCGUGUACCUCGACCCCAUCAAAACCUCCACCAGCAUAUCCCGGCGUAUCGAGUUCGAAACUUUCAAGGCAGGCUGAAGAAGAAGUUCCAGCUAGAGUGGUGACAUCGAAACCUAUGAUUACAAUACUUAAGGCAGAAGCAGGAGAAGUAUGUACUUCCGGCGAACGCACUUUUGCUAGUCCUAUGGUGUUGGAGCAUCGUUUUCAAAAAUCUAAGCGCCACCAGGCUUCAAGCCGUCGAGCAGAACGAACUAAAUUAGCUCAAGGAUUAUCAAAUAAUCUCUCACCGUCGAAAGAAAUCUCACCCAAGGUUGAAUCAAAUGUGCUUGUAGCAAUGAUGAAAUUAGCACCACCGCCUCCGCCACCUCGUCUUGGGAGACUUCCUCCUCCACCACCCGUGACACGUCUACCUCCACCUCCUCCUCCCCAUAACCCCAUGUUUCAUCAACAGCUAUACAGCGAUGUCGAUUACGUGUACUACCCUCUUCAAGACCCUUUGGUCUCACAACAGAACUACCUCGAUCACAAGCUAACAGAAUCUCGAAUAUCAAAUAUGCACAAAAGUAGCUUGCAUUACAGAAGUACGCCAUUUUUAUCGACGUCCCUUUCGUGUUCAUCCACCUAUGGCUCCAUACAGAAUCUCUCAGAUUCUUAUGUGCAAAUACCUGGAACCCGCACUAGUUGGUACUCAAUGACAAGCAGGAAUUCUACAAGCAGCCAUUCGAUAAACUUUGAAAGACCACCGGUUACGAACCGAAUUGCAGACUUUCCUGGCUUUGUAAGAACUAAGUCACAUGAAAAUAUUAUGAAAGAGCCACCACCGAUAAAAAUGCGACGAAUGCCACCACCCCCACCACCGCCGUAUGAACACAAGAAAAAAAUUGCUUCACAUUUAAGAGACAAUAAAUUCACAAAUUCCAAUUGUAGUAGUGCGCGUUUAAGUGACGUUCAUGGAAAUAAAGUGACGAACUCUUCGAAUGGUGAUCUAGAUAUAAAGACUCUUAGAGAAAAAAGUAAGAAUUUGGACUUACCGUUGAUUGCCGCCUUGUGUAAUGAUCGUUCAUUACUAAAACAAACAAAAGCUUUUGGUGUCCCUAAAUCAAAACAAUCGAGUGAUAAUGAAAGUGAAAGUGUAUGUGUUAAGCCUAUUCAAACCACCACCGAUAAAGUAGAUAUUAAGAACAAACCAGAAAUUAUUAGUAAAAAAGUAGUAACAUCGGUUCAGAAGAGAACUCCAGUUCGGAAGCCCACAGACAAGUUGCCUGCAUUACCGGGUACGGAAGCCCACACACCCAGAGCUAUGUCUAAUACUUAUGUUACGCAUCCGAGUAUUGCAAAAGUGAAGAAAAGUCAACCUAGUUCUUAAGUUUCCACAACUAAUAUUUAAAAGUAUAUAAACUAAGGAAAUGCUUUUGUAGGUAUUUGUAAUUUUUGACUACCCUGUAUUUUUUGCAUUACUAUUUCCAUUUUUGGUACAUACAAACUCAGUAAAAUUUUGAAUAUUUGUCAGCAUAGCAGAUAUUUGGUUUAUUAUCUAAAAUGAAAUAAGCAAAAGCAUGAAAACAAAAUUGUUGCCUAAAAUAUUACUUUACAAAAUUAAUUUAGAGAACUUCUUCAAGAUUCAUGCAUAUACUUUAGCGUACUUUUUUGUCGAAAUAAUUUCCAAGUUUGAUGAUUAUUUAGGAAAUUAUUAUAGAUUUAGCUUGUUCGUUUUACUUCUUCUAAACACGGACGAGUAAAAAACGAAGGAUUCCGCGCCGUGAUAUUAGCAAGCGCACACACUCUCAUAACGGUACUUCGUUAUGAGAGUGUGUGCGCGGUUACGGGGGAUACUAGUUACACAAUUUUUUCUCCCUUAAAUAAUCAUAUAUGGCCACAAAUACUUAUCGUUCUUACACACUUUCACAACGCACGACAGCAUUUUAAAAUAUUUUAUUGAGACGCAAACUGAUCUGUCACAGUCUGUGAUAAUGGCCGCCUAUCUGCCUGUAGUAGUGUAAAUGUGUGCGUGGGGCUAUGUAUUUACACGUUAAUCGGCUUGUUUUGGUGCUACACUGUUAUAUAAGGUGACACGGAGUCCUUAUUUUUUUUCUAGUCCGUGCUUCCAAAUUUCAUAACAGCUACGUCAUACGCAGCAUGAAUUAAGAUAACUCAGGUUAAAACUUUGACAUCGUAACGUUUUUUAUAGAUUAUAUUCUGCUUAAGCAAUUGACAUUCUCAUAAAUAUUAUCUCCUAAGCUGCAAUUUCACCAAAAAAUAUACUGAAUGCCAAUAUAUUGCCAAAAGGGCUGCAUCUAUCUCAUUCGCACGUUUGGGGAACGCCGAGAUAGCACUACGAUCAUUAAAAACCUACAACGCGACAAAAUUGUUCGUUAUGUAACUCUUAAGUAUUAAACAUAGCUUAUUUUUAAUAUUUAUUACCUGUUACUUAUUACAAAUGCUAAACACAAAUAUAAAGACUGAAUAAUACAUUCCUGCAUCGUUAUAUAAAAUUGUACAUUCAAUCGAUAUAAUUUGUAACGUUGGUAAAUUAUUUGCAGUUUUUAAUUUUUAGCAUAAUACCUAUGCAUUUUGCGAAAUUUGUUACAAAUUAAAUCUUUAGUGUGUGUGUGUGUUUUUUUUUUAAUUAUAGUCUAUAAGCCUAUUGUAGUUUUAAAAAGAUAGCUGUUUUAAAACCUGUAUAGAAUCUGAAAUAUUUUUGUACCUAAUGUGAUAAUGUAAAGAAUUCAGAAAAACAGAUUGUAAUUGGAAAAAGAGUUUGUUUAUGUUCAUAAAAAUAUAUUAAUUUCGUAACCGAUUAGUCACACAAAACACCUUAAUAAUAAGAUAAACGUGGAGGUAUCUAAGGCCAGAGAUGCUCCUGUGAUUCGAAUGGUGUAGCAAAAAGUGUGACCCGGGUGAUCUUUUUGUCUCAGGUGACCUGUGAUCUCCUUAGUUCUUCAAUCCCAUAAAAAAUGAAAUUUCAAUAAUAACUCUAGUAGCAUUCGUAAUUUUCACAUCGUUAUUUACUACCACCCACCAGUCUUAUACUUUGUUCAUAAUUUGAAUGGUUAUCUCAAUCAACGUUACUCUAAUAAUUCGCUAACUCAUUUGUAACACUAUUUCAUGAAAAUAUAAAUUGUGUUAAAUAUGUCAAAAUUAUCGUGGGUAUAAAUAUAACAUAAAAUGUAGGUAGGUUGAGAAAACUUUCAUAUUACAGACAUAGUAAUCGCAAAACAAGGUAGUCUGUUAUUUAUUCCUAUUCCACUAACCGCAUUACACAACAAUUAUUAGACUUUCAUAAAAUCCUAAUAUACAAUCAAACUCUCGGCGAACGUAUUUCCUUAUAGUACGAGAGACGGCUACGAGUUUUCUGCAAUCAUCAAAUGUUUAAUGAAUUUUUUAUGCAAUUAUGAAUGGAGAGUAUAUUUAUAACCGAAGGUUUUAUCAAAAUGUGGCCGCUAGGACUUUUAAUUAAACUAAUAUUACUUAUUUUUUUCAAUACUAAUUGUUGUGCGAUUUGUUUUGCGAUACUAAUGUAUAAAUAACAUGUAAAGUUUAAGAUCCGAAUGGAAAGCGACCAACACCCAUCAGUAGUUUAAUAGAGAAUAAAAAAUAUUUUAUGUGAAAAAAUAUAACUAGGAAUGAUUGUCUGAAAAAUUACUGUAAAGGUUAUAAUUUAUAGAAAAAAAAAAAACAGAUUUUUAUUUGUUUUGUUUGGUUUAUUUGGUAAAGAUGAGUGCAUUUUAAUAGUAUGUAUUGAUUUAGCUGUUUUAAAACUGCUAACCUAAUUGCUAUAAACGGAAAAAAUAUAGUAAAACUAACGCUUGCGUAUUCUUGUAGGCUUGAUACUUUCGAUUGGUUAUGUAAUUUGUCUCUGAGACGAAUGUUUAAUAUUCGCGAUAUAUUUUAACAACAUAAAAUUAUAUAAAAUACUUUUCAUCCUGAAUAUGGAUGUGUUAAGGUAGUUUGAUAUUCGGUUCCUCUACUAUUACGAUUUACACUAUAUCUUUUUAGAAGAUGGACCAUUAUAAUAUUUUUAUAAAAAAAAAUAAUCAUAAGUUGAAAUACUCACUACAAAUAAUAAUAGUUACAUGUAUUCGUUAUUUUUUAAUUAUAACAUGUAUGUAACAGCUGAGUCAUUGCUUAGUCCUAGAUAAUAAUAGGAAAGUAAUAAUUAUUUUUGUAAUUAUUUAUUUCACUACAACUUGUACAUAGCAAUUAUUGUUGUUAAUUGUAAGACCUUAAAAUUUUAACCGUGUAAUGUAUGUAAAAUAAAUGGAAUUGAAAAUU